AUGAUAUCUGCACUACCAAAACAACAAGAUAUCUAUGACGAUAUAGAAAAUGAUAGUAGUUCUAAUAAAGAAGGUGAUAAGGAAGGUGAUAAAGAAACUGAUCAAGAGGAUACUAAUAAAGAAGAUGAAAAUGAUCUAACAGAAUCUGAAAGUUCAGAUGAUAAAGAGCCCAGAGAAGGUGCAGAAGAGUCUGAUGAAAGUGUAGAAGAGUCUGAUAUUAAUAUGGUAGAUCCUAUUUACGAGCUUUUUCAAGAGUCUUUGUUAAUGACUCAUUAUGUUUCUAGACCUGCAAAAGAUGAACAUCCACGUUGCAGCAACUGUGGAGUUAACCCUGGUAAUCCAAAGAAAUCUUCAAAGUAUACUAAGGAUAACAAAAACAAACGAAAGCGUGUUAAAGCUUAA